UAAUUUCAUCUGCGAAGAGCUCUUCAUACACGCCUGCUGCUGAAAUAAACGCCAUGAGUUACUGUUGACGAUGAGUCAGUUUUCUAAAAACAACCUGUUGAAAGGGUCUCUUCAUGAUCCAGCCUCCUGGUGAAUGUUUAUGGGAGAUAUUAUAUCGCCUCGGUUGCCAUGGAAGAAAAGGACUGCGUCUAAGCGGUGUCAACUUUAACUCACAUGGAGCUUUUCUUGCCCUGUCUUCAAUUGAUAAACGCAGUAUGCAUGUAAAUGCACCGGAGAUUAACCCAUUCACAUCAGACUGAGUAACUCAGGAAGAGUUCUGACGACUGUUUUCGCCUGGAGAAGGUCUAAAUAACGAGGCCACUGAAGAGGCUGUAUUCCUGGGCAAAGCACCACUAAUUUCUAAUUCUCCCCUGCUUUGGUUUCUCAGACAGCCGCCAUCAUUCUGUGCUGCAAGGGUGACCCCAAAAUGUCUUCCAACGGCGAUCUGCAGGACGUUGGGAGCUGGGACAGCUUCUGGGAGCCGGGGAACUACAAGAGGACAGUAAAGCGCAUUGACGAUGGCUACAAGCUGUGCAAUGAGCUGGUCAGCUGUUUCCAGGAGCGAGCCAAGAUUGAGAAGGGCUAUUCCCAGCAGCUCAGUGAUUGGGCCAGAAAAUGGAGGGGUGUGGUGGAGAAAGGCCCACAGUAUGGGACUCUGGAAAAGGCGUGGCAUGCAUUUAUGAAUGCGGCAGAAAGACUGAGUGAGAUCCAUAUGGAACUAAAAGAAAAACUGGUUGAUGAGAACAGCGAGAAGGUUAGAAACUGGCAGAAGGACGCCUUCCACAAGCAGAUGAUUGGUGGAUUCCGUGAAACCAAAGAUGCUGAUGAAGGCUUCCGCAAGGCUCAGAAACCCUGGGUCAGAAAACUGAAAGACGUGGAGGCCUCGAAGAAGAGUUACCACCAAACUCGUAAGGAAGAGCGCACCGCGCUGACCCGUGAAACUCAUGCCAAGGCUGACACAACCAAAUCCCCAGAGGAGGUCCUCAAGUACACGGAGCGUCUGGAGAAAUGUACACAAGAGGCUGAGAAGGCUAAGGAGCGUUAUGAGAAGGCUCUGGACGAGCUCAAUCGCUGUAACCCACGUUACAUGGAGGACAUGGAGCAGGUGUUUGAAAUCACCCAGGAGGCGGAGAAGAACAGGCUGCGCUUCUUCAAAGAAGUCCUGCAGGACGUUCACCAGAACCUGGACCUCUCCAGCAAUGAUGAAUUCCGUGGCCUGUACCGAGACCUCAGCCAGACCAUCAAUGCAGCCAAUUACACGGAGGACCUCCGGUGGUGGAGAAACACGCAUGGGCCCGGCAUGAGCAUGAACUGGCCACAGUUUGAGGAGUGGUCACCAGAAGCAAACCGAUCCAUCAGUCGAAAGGAGAGGAACAGUCGCCCUGAUGACGUGGUCACCCUGACUAAUAUAGUAUCUGCAGGAGACGAACCCCCACCGACUCCACCGGAAACUACCAGGGCGGGUAAAGACUACUCCUCGGACUGGUCAGAUGAAGAAAGCCCCAAGAAAUUCAUUGCAGCUAACGGGGUGGACGAGGAAGAGAAGGUAGCCGGGGUUCGUGUUAGAGCACUGUAUGAUUACAUGGGGCAGGAGGCUGAUGAGCUGAGCUUUAAAGCAGGAGAAGAGUUAAUGAUGAUUGGCGAGGAGGACGAGCAGGGCUGGUGCAAAGGACGGCUUCACAGUGGAGAGGUGGGCCUUUACCCUGCUAACUACGCCCAAGCCAUGGCAUCUUGAUAACCCGCUCUGCCCCAACUUUUAUGUGGCAAUCCCAAGGUUGCAUCACACUGAACUAUGGCAAUUGUGGUGACAACACUGCCACAACUACAUGACCGAUUGGAUGCCACAAGACGCAAGAAUAACCGACAAGAGUGCACCGUUUUUGCUGACAAACUAGAGGACUUUAAGAAGAAUUGAUAUUUUCCCUUUUGCCCUUGGGCUUAAUGCAAAGACCAGUGCCUUUUAUAGUAAAAUGCCAGACACUUUCACCGUAGAGCUAAUGUUGUUAUAUUACAUGAUUGAAUAGAUACAUUUUAUGUCUCUACAAACAUCUGCUUUCAUUUGUUCACAGGACAAUAUGUAUGAAUCGCCACUGUAGGAUUUAAUUGGGAAGACCAGCUAUGACCUUUCAUAAUCGCAGUCCUAUUAUUUAGUAUUUCACAUUUGACCUUAUAUUCAGGUUUUGCAUAUCUUUCGUGAGAAGCGUGCUAGUGUGUUCAUAUGUCUCGUGUAAUAUGUUAGAAUGCUAUAGUUACUCUGCAAAUGGAUGAUUUUGACUUCAGAAGUGAAGGAUUCUUCCGAAUGCUUACAAUGUUCCUAUGUUUCAUAUUUACCUUGUUAUGUUUUCACAAAGAUAUCUGGAUUUGUCCUAAAGUAUCACUUGCUAGAUGCUCUUAAUCGCCCUUUGGAAACUUGUAAAGGGAAUUCCAGAGAGGAGAUUUGUUAAAUCUAUUUGGUGGGAUUGUUUUACUUUUUUAAUUUCUUUUGGUUUUUAUAUAGAAAGCAGGAAAUGCUUCUAAGUUGUGUGUUGACAGAAAGAGGGCAAGACUUGAUGGUGUCUUGAUUAGGCUUGUUAAGGUGUGUUUGCGUGUGUGAGUGGGAAAUAUGUCCACAUGUUCUGCCUCCGAUAUGCCCCACUGUGAACAUGGUUUUUCAUGAAACUUCUGUAACAGCCAAUACUAAUCCAUGUUUAAAGAAAAAUUAUAAUAAAUAUGAAUCAUAUAUCA